AUGCCCACCCUGAGGCCGGAGCUCUGCCCAGCCACCAGCCCCCCCAUGCACGCCGCUGCCGCCACCGCGGAGAAAGUGCGCCCCCUGUGCCAGCCCCUCCGGGGCCCCGGCCUGACCAGAGGAGCCGGAAGGUGUCCGAGCAGCGCCCACAGGUGCCUGCAGGUGACAGAGCUCCUGCGGGACCGGCGUGGCCCCAGGAUGGAGCAGGAACGAGGGAUCCUCCCCUCCCAGGGGCCUGAGACCCCCGAGCUGGUGCUGCCCACCCCUCCCCAGACCCCAGCUGGCCGCUGGCCGCUAACCCAGGAAGGGCCUGGGGGCCCGGGGCCAGGACUAAGGUCCCAGCGCGGGGCCAGGUCCGCAGUUUCCAGUCUGGACCGCGUCUGCGAGCCGGGGCGGAGCCGGAGCGGGAGCCCUCGUGCCCCCACCCCACGGAUUCCGGUUCCCCGGAGACCGGUCCAGACGCGCCCGCCGCCUCUGCCCCCUCCGAGCGCCCUCACGGGCAAGUUGGGGCUCCCUCUUCAGAUCCAAGGACUCCUGUCAACACCAACACUCGCCGUGGGAAUUUCCGGCGGGGUCACCUUCCUGCCGCCGAAGAGAGAGAUCCAGAUCUUUCCAGGCGGGCAGGAUCCAGAUGUUUCCAGCCCCCGGAACCAGGCAGUCCUGAAGGGCCGAGGGGUCACUUCUCCAGGCCUGGGACACCCACGAGUCUUGGGCAAAGGGGACGGAAGACACAGCCAGGCCCAGGCUCGUCGUGACUUGUGCGCUCAGACCUCCGACCCUUGCCGUCCGGAGCCCCGAGCUGACGGGACGAUCCAGCCCCCGCCCCCCUCGAAGCCCAGGGAGGCGUCAGAAAUCACCCGCACGCAGCUCAGGCCCUUCCCUGGCUACGCCGCCCAGAGAUCUCGUCUUCAAAUGUGCCUCCUUUGUGAGCCCCCCCCCCGGGUCCCCACAGCCCCAAACGGAGGGCCUCCUGGCAGGGAGCGGCUUGUCCUUGCGUGUAUGUGUGUGUGUGUGUGUGUGUGUGUGUGCACGCGCGUGUGUGCCCGGCCUGUGGGAUGACGCCAGGAGCGCCACACGCUUGCGGCGAAUGAUGAGCAAAGGAAGAAGGCUGACGAGGGCGUGAGCUUCUCAACUCACACGGACUUAAACCGCAUCCCAGAACUUUGGAGCCAAGAGGGCCCAGCGCCCACCCAGCCCCUCCUCCAUCCCUGGGGGUCCCUUCCUAAUCUAUGCCAACCUGUAAACAUGGGAGGGUUUCAGCGUUUUACUUUAUUUACUCCUCGGGGGCCCCUGGGGGGCUCAGUCGGUUAAGAGUCCGACUUCGGCUCAGGUCAUGAUCUCACAGUUUGUGG